AUGAGAAAAAUUGGUAUUGGAAGAGAAUUAUACCAAUUACUUCAGCCAAUAAUAAAUCAAUUUGUAUCCAAAUAUCCUGUUAUGCAACAAGAAAAUUACUAUCUUGUCAACAUUUUUACAGGGAAGUGUACAUGUUUUGAUUUCAUAUGGAAUAGACCCUUUCGAGAU